GCCAACCUUCCGAGCGCCAAGCUGUCUUUCUUAUAAGCCAAGGUUUGCAUAAUGAAGGGCAGUGCAAAAUGGUGACAGUGACACGUGCUAACAAUCUGUCUUGAUAUUAUUUAUUGUAUUUCACUCGGAUCUCUACCUAAAUACUUUCCUUUGCUAACGGCGAGAGUAAGUGAAAAGAAAGUUGAAUUUUUUGUUUUAUAUUUUCUAAAAUAUUCAGUUAAAGAACUACCUGUUGUCUGUUAAUGGAGAUGAGUUUUAUGUGCUUGACCUGUUUCAAGAACCACAGGAGGAGUUAACUGUCACCCUCCCGCAUCUUUCUCUGACGUCACCAGGCGCCAUUCUUGUUUGGGUCUAGUGUCGUCUGCUUUCUGUCACAACUGUUUUGUCUACUUCUCCUUCAGCUUCAAAGGUCCGUCGAGUGCGCAGCAGUUACUAAGUUUGAAUUUGUGAAGCUCAUCGCCAUCUUUUGGGACAUCGGCCAAGGAUAGCUCAUGACUACCACAGCAUAACCAGGCUAUUAUUACGUGCAACACUUAUUCCAUGUCCAGCUUUGCAGUAAUGGGGAGUGGAAGUAUCUUUGUGUUGCUAAUCCUGCUGGAAGUUGGUCGAGGUCAGAACCUGCUUCGAAAUCCCAGCUUUGAGGGGGAUUUGAGGGGUUCAUGGGACAACAACGGGUUUACGAUGGAGCGAGUGAGUGGCGACACAGUGGACGGCAGGUUCGCACUCAAAGCCAGUGCUCGGGAUCGUGAAACGGAAGGACCCCUCCAGACGCUGGCCACCCUGAAACCCAACGGCCGCUACGAGAUGAGUGUCUACGUCAAACUUCUCAACGACAUCAACGGCAAGGUGUGGCAGUCAAUCAAAGUGAACAUGCAGUUCCACUUUACUGAUAAAGACGAGAUCGGCUCCUACUUUAUCGCUACCCGGAAUCUAGUUUCCGCUUCCAUGGGGUGGAUCCAGGUAAACGGCAGUUUGAGUGCACCAGUGAGAGCUUUCAACUGGGUUCGCAUUGCAAUUCGAGGUCCUGAUGCUGGUGUGAACUUUAUGGUAGACAAGGCGACUUUGUAUGAAAUACCCGAGAACACCAACUGGUUCGCCGACUCCCAAGCUAACAUAGACAAAUACAGAAAGUCUAAUGCGAACAUAAGGUUCAGUCUUCCAGCAGGUGUGCCCGCAUCUGUGUUUGAUGUUCAGGUCACAUUGAAGAAACACUCGUUUCUAUUUGGAGGGAAAGCCAAAGAUACACUGAUCGCCCAGCAACCCAUAAAUGAGUACAGCAAGCUUUUCUACUAUAUGUUCAACUGGGGCGCAGUCCAGAGCUACAAGUGGAAGUAUGAUAAAGGGACCAGGACGAGUCCGGAUUUUGGGAACGCUUUGAGUGCAACGGAUGCCUUACGGGCUAAUGGCUUGAAGGUGCGAGGCCACAGCAUCUUCUGGGACGUGCAGGACAACAUACCCCCAUGGGUGCUGGCUCUGAGCGGCAAGGAGCUGAGAGACGAGCUGGACAAACAUCUGUUAUACAUGUGUAACAUCACACGUGGCAAACUGGAACACAUAGAUGUCCAGAAUGAACACACUCACGGUUUGUACUAUGAGCAAAAGCUACAGGACAAGAACAUCACGAAAAACUUCUACCGCAAGAUGAGGGCUUGUGACAACACCACGAAACUCUUCUUCAACGACUACCAAGCUAUCGACAUUGGACCAUCCACGGAGGAGUACUACCAGCUAAUGAAGGAGUAUCUUGCCGAGGGAGUGCCCGUUCACGGUCUUGGUGUUCAAGGCCACACGAAACUAUACAUGAUCCCUGAUCCCACGAUGAUGUGGAGAAGAGCUGACCGUCUCGGAAUGCUCGGCAUUGACAUCGUGAUGUCGGAGUUCGAUGUCCAGACGAAGGACCCCGUGCAGCGCGCCGAUUGGGUAGAAAACGUCAUGCGUGCGUGCUUCAGUCACCCAGCCAUUACAGGAAUCGUCUACUGGAGCUUCUGGGACCUGGACGCUGCAGAGCCCGACAAGGAGCUUAUAAAGGGAAACUCUCUAACAAUCAUUGAGCCUGGUCAGCGCUUCAUCUGUCUGCUGAAGAAGGAGUGGACAACCAAUGUCGUGAGAAAUCUCGCCUCGGGCUUGAACUUGGCCUUCCGAGGUUUCAUGGGUGACUACGAGGUUGUCGUGAGAAGGUCGGGUGUGCCCAUACAGGUGGAGCGUUUCACUCUGGUAAAGGCUGGUGCUUCAGUCGACAUCAAGAUCACGAGCAGUACAACGGCCGUACCAGUGGUUCAAGAAAGGGACUACGUGCCUAGAUGUGUCAGCCAUCGAGACCAGGCGGGUCUGGGUCAGAAAUCGACCUCAUCCUUCAGUCGAAGUCUUUUCUGCAAUAACGUGGUGUCCGAACCCUCCGGUGCCAGUGAGGACGAGGAGGCGACAGCCAUGUGUGCGCCGAGUCAGGUCAUGACUGGUUGCUCAAGCUUUCAGAAUUACUUGCAGUGGACCAGAAAAGGCGAGAAAAUUGUCAUUGAGAACGGCGUUGUGAAAUGCAAAGCUUACAACGGUCGCAAUUCUCCAACAGGUGUCCGAGCCAUGGCCCGGUGCUGUAGUGUGUCAGGGCUGACGUGUGACUACCGGGUGGCAGGUCCCUCCUUCCCUUUCAACGGAGCCCAGGCAGAAGCUGUGUGUCCACUCACCACCACACCUUUAGGCUGUUCUUCCUACAGUCGCUACCCCGACAUGGACGGAGCUUACGCCAACAGCACAGCAAACAGCUGCGUGGCACAGAGCGGCAACCCCACCUCCUCCAACCCGGCCGAAAGUUCAGGUUCCACGGCGUUCGCCGCCUGCUGCUCGGCACCUGGCAUGAGCUGCAUCCGGGUCUCCACACCUAUGACGUCAUUAGCGGCCGGCAAUCAACAGUACGUGUCCUGUCCCUAUGGUUACACCAUGACGUCAUGUGACUACUUCGCUGCAGACGGGCGUGCGGCCGGAGCGGGUAUAGUCGAAGCGAAUGGUUCCUCGUACUGUGUAGCAGUCAUGGGAGAUAACCUUCCCGCCGGAUCGAAGGGAGUUGUCGGCACUGCAUCCUGCUGUUCGGUGCCAUUUUAACGAGACUUCACGCUAGGGGAAUGUGGAAGUUUCCAGUGAAAUGACUUUAAAAUCAUGCAAUUUAUAAAGUAGUCAUUUGGAUGUGCGGGGGAAAAAACAUCCAUUAAACUAGAAUAAGGUUAUAUGCGAUAUACGAAAUCAUGUUAUAUACUGUAUAAGAAAUCAAGUAGUAUACUAUAAGGUUAUACACUAUACCCGGAAUAAUAUUAAUAGUUUGCAGCGGAGUAGUUUGGAAAAAUCAUACUACAUAAAGAAUUGCUUUUAAUGGUGUGCUGAUCUUUAAUUUUUGUAUCACGAGAAGCAAGCCGGCAUGUGAGCAAAGAAAUAACACAAUCACGAAAGGAGAGAGAAAGAGAAAAGAAGGACAAUCUGAUAAAACGAUGGAAAAGAUGGGUAGGGGAGAAUAAAAAAUAGAAAGAUGGGAUUCAAGAGGAUAGCGAUGAGGAAAUGGAAAUACAGAAAUCUCUCUCACCUUCUGACUAUUUUAAAUCCCACGAUUUUUCUUACAUUAUCACAGUUGUUCUAGCCAUGUAAGUCUACAUCCUGUCAACAAAAGCAAGCCACUUUGUCUUUUAAACCAUUUGUUUUCAGGAUGUCUGUUGACAAUAUGUAGAGUUUUGUAUGCC